AUGUCAACCCAACCCCCAAUUUAUAUGCCACCCCGUGGUGACGAAAUGGCACCAAUGUUUGACCCAUCGAAGCCUCGAGAGCUCCAGUGCUAUUUUCGUGACCUCAAGUUUCUUUUUGACCACGCCCAAGUCACAGACCACACCGCACGCAAGAAACACGCCAUCCGUUAUGUUGAUAUUGACAUCGCCAACCUGUGGGAGUGCAUUAUCGAAUUCUCGAGCACCGAUGCCACCUACGAUGAGUUCAAGACCACCAUAAUCAAGCUGUACCCCGAGGCCAACGAAAACUUCAAGUUCACGCUCUCGGACAUGGAUUGCACUGUCGACAGCUGCCUUCGCCUUGGGAUCCACUCGCUCAAUGAUCUCUCCGACUACCACCGUGAAUUCACAGCCGUUACGACCUUUCUUGUCACCAAAGGACGCCUUGCCACAAUGGAGCAAGAACAUGCAUUUGCUCGAGGAUUCCAGCCUAUUUUUGAUACGCCAUACACCAUCAAGAAUGUUAUGGACGCCGCGCGAUUCAUCCUUCGAGGAUUUUCUGCCACUAUUCCGUCGCCCUCAGCCACAGCAAUGACUACGAUGACUUCUCUGCCACCAGACUCUGUCAAACUCGAAGCUCUCGGUCCCGUCUUCUCAGAACUCACCAAGACAAUCAUCGGAGCCUUUCAGCAGUCAAACCAGCCCUGCCAGCCUCGUUCUUCGUCGUCUCCAGCCCCAGUAGCUUGCAAGUUUUGUGGAAGUGCUCAUUUCAUGCAGGAUUGCGAUCUUGUCAACAAGUACUCUCAUGCUGGCAAGUGUAGGCGAAAUGUCGAGGGAAAGGUUGUCCUUCCAUCAGGAGCUUUCAUCCCUAAGGAAAUCCCCAGCCAUUUACUCAAGGAUCGUGUAGACAAAUGGCAUCAUCGAAAUCCGAACCAGCUCGCCACCGGCACCCUUUUCCACUCGACGACACCAUCCUCUGCUCUCGAAUAUUCGCCCUCGUGCACUACGACUAGAUCUACACAUCAGACCUCGAAGAAGGAUCGCAUCACCACCAUCAAAGCUGAGUUACUCGCCCUCUGUGCUCGACAACCGCCCAGUUUCGUGCCCACCACCCAAAUGCUCGCUCAGACGCCUUGUGCCGUUUUCCAGGAUGAAGGAGAAGUUUCUCCUGCCUCGCCGCCGCUUCCUGCCGCCCCUGUGCUCGCCGCUGAACAAGAUAUUGGUCCAGAACUCACCAUUCGAGACGCACCAGACACCAUCUGUGUUUACUCACAAGAAAAGACCGUCGACACCGCACUCGAGCAAGAAACGCCCAAGAAACUCGGCAUCACGUAUCUCAUGUUACCACCCGUGAACGACAUCGAAUCGGUGCCCGCCAACUGCAACAUUUCAUUGAGUACUCCAUCCGUCAUCACCCUGCACGAGUUCUCGUCCCUAUCCCCUGAAAUUCGACCUCAUAACUCCGAAACCACGACCACGAGAUCCCAUACAACCAAGGAGACUCGUCAACAAGCAACUGGGCUCGAAGAGAGUGCCACCACUACAACGCUGCCCAAACACGCUUCCAACUCGUUCCAUAUCACCCAUUCAAACAUUGCACUCACUUCCACUCGAUAUCCCAGCCCACCAGACGCAUCCAUCGCCAAUUUCGACAUAUACAAGCCCUCCUAUCGCACUCUCUAUCCCGACGACACUCCUGAUCCCAAUAACCCCGUUAAAUCGAAGACUUCGGCCACUCUCCAUUCCUAUGUCCCUCUAGACAAUGAAAAUCGACGCCUCGAACACCUUCUCGACCCCGGCGGUCAAAAUUUUGACUCUCAGCCUUUCACUUCCCCAACAGCAAUCAUUCACGACAAUCCGCUGCAGCAACACAUGUCUCAACAACUGACGCUGCCACACACCACCAUGACGCUACUGCCCUUCCCAAACAGUCAGAACGUCUCGAAGCACUUCGUUCCCAAGUGUCUGUUGCCCGCCAACAAUCCGCCCCUCGAGAACGAAUCUCUUCGUUUUAGGAUACGCGCUCACUAUUUCAGUCCUCACGUGGUUAUUUUUAGCAGCCAAGACACUGCCCAUAGCCCCAGCAAAUCCGACAACACAUUCUUCGACUGCCAGAUCACUGCCAUUCAUAGUUCUGAUUCUUUCCCUCAUCUUUCCUUUCCUUCUCAACUUCUCAACAAUGUCUUUGGCCUUUCGCACUCUCGCCUUCAAGAUAUUCAGAUGUCAACUGCCUUUGACCCCUACAACAACUUUGAUGCUGUUCACUUCGCUUUCGAAGAGUAG